GUUAUAUUUUUAUGAAAAUGGACAUGAAGCUGCUGACAGUCGUGGCUGCGCUGACUGUGCUCAUGUUUGCACCUGGUUCUCAAGCAAAGCCCAUCAGCCUGGUUGAGCGUUGUACCUGCCGUUCAGCUGUUAACAACGUCCCACGAGGCUACAUUCGAGAGCUCCGGUUCAUCCACACACCUAACUGCCCCUUCCAAGUCAUUGCUAAGCUGAAGACAAACAAGGAAGUGUGUGUGAACCCUGAGAUCCGGUGGCUGCAGCAGUAUCUGAAGAACGCCAUCAACAAGAUGAAGAAAUCCAAGCAGGGCAUUUGAGGGCCUUCAUCGCAGAUACUGUAUGUAUCACAUCGUCAUCUAACGUGUUAUACAGCACCUGUCCAGCUGUUCUACUGCAGCCUUUUGCAUGGAACGUAUCUACACCUCUUCACCACGAACACCAUCUCAGCUGUGCUCUAUCACCACCACGCUCACGUCUUUUAGCAAAUACUUUAUGGUGCCACGUGCCAUUAUCUAUGUGAAUGUUUGUUUUGCUAACCAUACUGUAUAUACAUUUUGGUUAAUGGACAUUAAACAAUAAAAAGGUAUUUAAUUGUUUUGGAGAUGUCCCUCUAGCCUUUAAUAAAAAGUGCAUAAACUGAGGCCAAUGUGUUUAGAAAUGGAAGAGAAUGAUGUUCACACCAUGCAUCCUUUUGUAAUUAAGAGAGUUUGGUUUGUUAAACCAUUACAUUACAAGUGAUCCUAAACAUCAUAUCUGCUUGUCAGGAACAUAUGUUUUCAAAUAGUUUAAAAUGGCAAACUAGAAAUUAUUUAUUCUUUAGAAAAAAUAAAUAAGUUUGUUAAUUGGCACCAAGAAAUGUCAAUGUGGACCAGCUGCCCUCAGACUGAACUCAAUAUCCAAAUAAAACCUGCAACUAGACUGUUUUUCGUAAAAGAAUUGGGAUGCCAGAGGAGCCUGAGUGUUUCCUGAGCUGUGCUGUGGCUUGUGCAACCCUGAUCCAUCCCAUAUGCUUUUUCUGUCUCAGAUUUAGAAAAUGGAACUUUUUGUUCCUGAAAACUUUUAAUUAGGUAGCCAAUGAGUUCAGACGUAAAGCUGAAUCAGUAAACUAAGAGGAGGGAAGAACAGGUCCUGAUACUCACAAAUCAGAGCUGACAGCGUUUGUCUCUGUCUGGGUUGCACAAACGUGCACGCCCAGGAAGGGUGCACAUCAAAUUAAGAACAGUUUCCAUGUGAGAAUUUAACACUAAAACACUGUUAGCUGCUGAGAAAGAAGCUCCAAAUGGAUUGAUGUGUAUGGAUGUGACUAGACGUCACGCAUGUAUCAAUGCACUUUAUAUCUGAUGUAUUUUCUUGUGUUAA